AUGGCGGUGUGCCAGUCCUGCCUCCCCACCGUCUCUAAAUUAAGGAAGAGCAUCACAGGACUAAGGAAAGACCUUCAGGAAAAGAUUAAGACUCUGAUGGAUUUUUCCAGCGUGGCUACAAUGCAAACCAAAGUGAUAGCUCACCUCGGGGCGUACGGCGCAGGAGACCGGAGCUUGGCGGGCACCACAAACAACACCACCCUCCCAUGGACUGGCUCCGUCACUACCGGGACCCCGGCAGAUGCUCGAGCCGACUUCCAUUGGCAUCUCCGGUGAGCCAGGCCCAAAGCAUCGGCACCCUUCACCUCCUGCCACCGUUCCACAGACCCACGGCACUCCAUCAAAGAGGACGCAUCUGCAACUCCGGCGACAUCAACGCCCAUCAGGCCGAGGGAGCCCUGGUCAGUGGUGACCAGGGGCGCCGCGGCUCGCUCACCUCCUGCUCCUCCACCUCAGGACCUGGCGCUGGAGAACAGGUUUCAGAUCCUGAGCCUGCAUGACUUUCCUCCUAUGGGUGCCUGGUCCCCUUCCAUCGAUCCAGCUGGACCUGGCGCCCACCAGCCCGGGGACCGGGCCCCGGUACCAGCCUGGCCUCUCUCCAAAGUCCCGGUCAGCUACGGCCGCGGCAACAACCAGGGCGUCCAGCUCCGGACCGACUGCGGCCGCUAUCGGCGGGAAAUCCGUGCGUGA